AUGGCUCCUAGCACACGGAAGCAGACCACCUACGCUCACAAACGCAACCGCGCCAAAGCCAUUUCAGCAGUUUCAGCUUCUUCUCCUCUCCCAGACGCGGUUAAUGAUGACGAAGAUCACUACCUCACACAUGCUGAGCUCUCUAGUCGGCUCAAGCGCUCACGUCGCUCGUCGAAUCCAGAGUUACCGCUCUCCAAACGACUACGCUCCUCCCAAGUUCUCUCUCUCUCAGUACCAUCGCCAAACCCGACUCUUCCUACUUCCUCGGCAUUCGAAACACCACAUCCUUCUGUUUUAACCGAAGAGCAGAAAUUUAAGCUCAAAUCGUCCCGUCCCGUCAAUCCAGAUGAAGUCUCGCCUUUCGUUCCUCCUCCUCGCACUCUUCACUCUCGCACAUCGUCCCGCAAUCAUAAAGAAAAUGCAACAACACGUCGCACAAACAACAAGAGCAAAUUUCUCGAUAGUCCCUUCAAUAGUCGUCCCGGUUCUGCUGCUGUGUCUCCCCAGAAAACGAUUUCUUCUCCUGAAAAGCAGACUUUCAAGCGCACUCUUUCUGACACUAACUAUAAUCCUAAUGUACAGCAAAGUGCAAGCACCGCAAACUCACCAACACACAACCACAAUCGACUUCGCCGUCCGUCUGCCCCGAGCCCGCCGCGUCCUGCUGACUGGCUCCAUCAUGACUAUAUGCUGAGCAACUUGGACAUCGAGCUUCAUAACGCAUUCUCGAACCCUUUCUUUUUCCCAACUGAUGUUGACUUCAACCGUCCUCCCUCGUCUCUUUCCAUGUAUGGCGACUGUGAACAUUUCUUCGAUGAUGUACAAGGCGAAUCAACACCAGCCCGCACAUAUCGCGCACCACCCCCUAAUUUCGACACAGACGAAGAUGUUUUCGAUGAUGUCAUGGAUGUGGACCCGACAACUUCUACCGGACCGAAGCUGAGAGAUAUACCAAGAGAACGUAGUCCCUGGCUUAGCGAUAGUCUGAUCUCACCCCCAAACUCGCAAGAAUGGAACAAAUCACCGAGAUAUACGCAGUCUCCCGCCAAGGAUCACGAUUUCGACAUGGAGGACGAGUUUUCUCUCAAUCUCAGCGAGGAACCUCUUGGCCAAGCUUUCAACGAUGCACCACCUGCUGUCGAGCUGAAGCACAUGUUCGAUGGAUUAGCCAUAGUACAAGGAUCAAAUAAGGGUGGCUUGAGCAACCGUACUCGUUCACUGGACUCGGCACCUGAGCCAACAUCUACCGAUAACAAACCCAAAGGUCGUGAUCGCAGAGGAACAAUUCGUGCAUCAGAUUUUGUCAAAGUCCCCAUUGCCCCAGCCCGUCGCACUCGUAGCGGCACAGUCAUCGGACCACCUGCAACUCGCGCUCGCAGUCUUGACCGCGACAACACUGCUGACAGUAGUUUGGGAGAGGUUGACGAAGGAGAGGAGUUGGAUGGAUGGUGUGCAGAAGAUUGGGCCGUUGCUGCACCGCCCUCGCCUGUUCAUAUUCGGAAACCGCGGUCCCAACGGCGUGUGUCCCUUUCUCAGCCCAUGAUUUCGAUGGACGAGCUGGAUUUCUUGUCUGGAGGCUCGGGGUUAAUCACUUCGCCGGUGACUUUUAAGAAGCCGAGCAUCAAAGGGAAGGAGAAGGCUGUGAUGGAGGAAGACGAAGAAGAUGACGAGCUUCUACUCAAGCCAGGAAUGCAUUGGGAAUUCUAG